GUUAGUUGAUCAAGAAGUCUUAACCGCGGUUUGUACCACUGUGAAGUGAAGUUUGCUUUGAAAAUAAGUCUCGUGGGAUAAACCUUAUAUUAACGGAGAGCAUUUUGGAGUUAAAUAACGAGCGCUUUACAGCAACAAAAUACCAAUAGGAAGUGUUCAAACGUCUGUAAUGAUCGAAAUUAAACGGAAGUAGCUUUGCCUGGCGAGUGUCUGGAUGCCAGAACUAGCAGUCAUGGAGCUGGGCAGGCAACUGUGUGGGAAGAUGAAAAAACAGAGGAAGGCAGAGAUGACCGUUCCGACUGUAAUGAAAGGACUGGAAAUCCACUUCUACCUGCCUGACACAAACCAACUCGAGUACUUCAAAGACUGCCACACUGCGGAAGACCUGUGCGUGGAGGCUGCCAAGAGAUGCCACAUCUCACCUUUGUGUCACAACUUAUUUGCAUUGUAUGAAGAGAGCCAGGAUCUUUGGUAUGCUCCCAAUCAUGUGUUCAAGGUCACGGAGGAGACCAGCAUCAAACUUCAUUACCGUAUGAGGUUUUAUUUCACAAACUGGCAUGGCACUAGUGAGGCAGAAUCUCCAGUUUGGAGACACUCACUUUGCAAGCAGAAAGGGGUUUUAGUCUCUCAGAAGGGCCCUGAGGGGACACCUCUACUGGAUGCUGCAUCUCUUGACUACCUGUUUGCACAGGGCCAGUAUGACUUUCUGAGGGGACUUGCUCCAGUGCGCACUCCCCAGAAUGAGGUAGAGCUUCAUGAGAUAGAGAACGAGUGUUUGGGAAUGGCUGUUUUGGCCAUUACCCAUCAUGCCAAGAGCAAUAAUCUGCCUUUAUCAGGAGCUGGAGCUGAGACAAGCUACAAGCGAUUCAUUCCGGACAGUCUGAACCGGAUCAUUAAGCAGCGUAACUUCCUCACACGCAUACGCAUCAACAACGUUUUCAGAAAUUUCCUCAACGAGUUCAAUAGCAAGACCAUCCAGGACAGCAACAUAACCCUCUAUGACCUGAAGGUCAAGUAUCUCUCCACUCUUGAAACACUGACCCAGGGCCUGGGUCGGGAGAUUAUUGAGCCCAAGAGCCUGAAAGUAUCAUCUGAGAGCGAGGGAUCUUCGGCCCACACACAUCCUUUGGGGGAUGACGGACUGGGCUAUGAAGUGCAAGUGUCCGGAAUCACUGGGAUCUCCUGGAGGAGAAAGCCUGUACCAAAUCUUCUGAUAGUGAAAGACAAAACCAAAUCUAAAAAGAACAAGGCUGACAACAAGCAAAAGAAUGACAAAAGGAAAGACAGCGCAUGGACACUUUUCUCUGACUUUUACGAAAUCACCCACAUCGUCAUUAAGGAGUCUUGUGUCACAAUUUACAGACAAGACAAUAAAACCAUGGAGUUGGACCUGUUUUAUCGUGAUGCAGCUUUGUCCUUUGCUGCACUGGUUGAUGGUUACUUCAGAUUGACUGUAGAUGCUCAUCAUUACCUGUGCACUGAGGUCGCACUCUCAUCAGUGGUCCAGAAUUUAGAAAACGGCUGUCAUGGACCUAUCUGCACAGAGUAUGCUAUUCAUAAACUUCGUCAGGAGGGAAAUGAAGAAGGAACCUACGUCUUGCGCUGGAGCUGCACAGACUAUAACUGCAUCAUCAUGACUGUUGUCUGCAUUGAGAUGGACCUAUGUGAAUCCAGGCCUGUUCCCCAGUAUAAGAACUUCCAAAUUGAAACUAGUCCGCAAGGUUACAGACUGUAUGGGACAGAUACAUUCAGGCCUACUCUGAAGGAGCUUUUGGAGCACCUACAGGGCCAGAACCUGCGCACAGAGAACCUGCGCUUCCAGCUGCGUCGCUGCUGCCCACCACAACCCAGAGAAAUUUCCAACCUAUUAGUGAUGACCAGAGACCGAGAGCCCGCCCCACAGAGACAACAUCAAGUCAGCCAGCUGAGUUUCCACCGCAUCCUUAAGGAGGAGAUUGUACAGGGUGAGCAUUUGGGUAGGGGUACGAGGACCAACAUCUAUGCUGGUGUUCUAAAGCUGAAGAGUGAGGAUGAUGAGGACAUGGGAGGAUACUCACAGGAGAUGAAAGUGGUCUUGAAAGUGUUGGGCUCUGGACAUCGAGAUAUCUCUCUGGCUUUCUUUGAGACAGCUAGCAUGAUGCGCCAGAUCUCUCAUAAACACAUCGCCCUGCUAUACGGAGUGUGUGUUCGCCAUCAGGAGAAUAUCAUGGUGGAGGAGUUUGUUCAGUAUGGUCCUCUGGAUCUGUUCAUGCGCAGACAGAGUAUACCUCUCAGCACCGCUUGGAAGUUCCAGGUUGCCAAACAGUUGGCUAGUGCCCUCAGCUAUCUGGAGGACAAGAAGCUGGUUCAUGGAUAUGUGUGCAGUAAGAACAUUCUGGUGGCUCGAGAUGGUCUGGAUGGAGAGGGAGGAACCUUCAUCAAGCUGAGUGACCCUGGCAUACCCAUUACUGUCCUUAGCAGAGAAGAGUGUGUGGACAGGAUUCCUUGGAUUGCUCCCGAGUGUGUACAGGACACGGCUAAUCUGAGCAUAGCAGCGGAUAAGUGGGGCUUUGGGACAACUCUGUGGGAGAUCUGUUACAACGGAGAGAUACCUCUCAAAGACAAAAAGCUCACAGAGAAGGAGAGGUUUUACGCAGCGCAGUGUCAGCUGGCCACACCUGACUGUGAGGAGCUGGCCAAACUCAUGACCCACUGUAUGACCUACGACCCUCGCCAGAGACUCUUCUUCAGGGCCAUCGUCAGAGACAUUGACAUGGUGGAGAAACAGAAUCCUUCCAUUCAACCUGUUCCCAUGCUAGAGGUGGACCCUACAGUGUUUGAGAAGAGGUUCCUCAAAAAGAUUAGAGAUCUUGGAGAGGGUCAUUUUGGAAAGGUGGAGUUGUGCAGGUAUGAUCCGCGGGGAGAUCGGACCGGAGAGCUGGUGGCCGUGAAAUCUCUAAAGCCGGAGAACCGAGAAGAGCAGAGCAGUAACCUGUGGCGUGAGAUUCACAUCCUGAGAGAACUUUACCACGAGAACAUUGUCAAAUAUAAGGGCAUCUGCCAUGAAGAAGGUGGGAGAUCCAUUAAGCUAAUCAUGGAGUUUUUGCCGGCAGGCAGUCUGAAGGAAUACCUCCCCAGAAACAAAGCUCACAUAGACCUUAAAACCCUGCUCAGCUAUGCUGUACAGAUCUGCCAGGGCAUGGACUACCUGGGCUCUCGCAACUACAUCCACAGAGACCUGGCAGCCCGGAAUGUUCUGGUGGAGAAUGAAAACACGGUAAAGAUCGGAGACUUCGGCCUGACCAAAAGCAUUAAGGAUAAUGAGGGUUAUUACACUGUGAAAGAUGAUCUGGACAGUCCAGUGUUCUGGUAUGCUCCAGAGUGCCUGAUCCACUGCAAAUUCUACAGGGCGUCUGACGUCUGGUCUUUUGGAGUGACCAUGUAUGAGCUGCUCACAUACUGUGAUACCUCAUGCAGCCCUAUGUCGGUGUUCCUUAAGAUGAUUGGUCCAACACAUGGCCAGAUGACUGUUACACGAUUGGUCAAAGUCCUGGAGGAGGGAAAGAGACUUCCAAAACCAGACGGCUGCUCAGACAGGUUGUACAGUCUGAUGAGGAAAUGCUGGGAGGCGACACCUGAAAAACGGAUCGACUUCAAAGGCCUGAUUGCCGACUUUCAGCAGAUGAUUGACGAUCUGUAACUAUGGAAAUAAGAUGGGAUGCAGAAUCCACCUCUUUUGCAAGAGGAAGUCCCAGACAGACAAAAUCCCCCACAUCCCAAGAAAAAAAAAAA